AUGGCCUCCCAGCAAAAAGAAAGCUUGAAUUACGCCACGGAGAAGGAGAUCGGUACCAGCCUCUCUGACUCGACUGCACUUCUUUCCGAGUCGCACAAAUUAUACUUGAUUGAACGACAUGGCACCGUGGACCUUGAUCCGAUUCCUAGUAUGGAUCCAGCGGACCCAUACAACUGGCCCUCAUGGAAGGUCGCACCACAGAAAACGACUAACUUGGGUCUUGUCGCGUUCCAUGCUUGCAUGGGUACCUUCACCGCCGCAGCCAUUAUCUGUGCCUAUGAAGAUAUUGCGGAAGAUCUAGGAGUCUCUAUCCAACGAGUCAGCUACUUAACAUCUUUACAGAUCGCAAUUCUGGGAGGCGCCCCGUUAUUCUGGAAACCGCUCUCUCACCGGUUUGGAAGGCGUCCAAUUUUCCUCCUGUCGCUGAUACUAAGCUGCGUUUGUAACAUUGGCUGCGCAAAGAGCACAGACUACGCUUCGAUGGCGGCAUGCCGAGCUUUAGUUUCAUUCUUUAUAUCACCCGCUAUGGCCAUUGGUAGUGUUGUUGUCACCGAGACAUUCUUCAAACACGAAAGGGCGCGUUACAUGGGCGUUUGGACUCUCAUGGUGACCUUGGGUGUGCCAGUUGGUCCUUUCAUUUUCGGAUUUGUGACUCAGCGUGUUGGAUACCGCUGGAUCUACUGGAUUCUGGCCAUUACCAAUGCUGUCGAGUUCAUCCUCUACAUUUUCUUUGGACCCGAGACCCGUUACAUCGGCGCCGACGUGCAAUCCCCGUCAUCUGCGUUCAAGACAGAGUACCUAUCCCUCCGACGGAUCGAUCCAACCCCAUUUACAUUGGCCGAGUUCUGGCACCCCCUGACCCUGAUUACAAACAUCCCAGUUGUGCUUGCCACUAUUGCCUACUCCAUGGUCUUCCUCUUUGCCUCAGUCAUGAACUCGGUCGAGGUUCCCCAGCUACUGCAACGCAAGUUCGAACUCAACGCUCAGCAACUCGGGUUACUGUUCCUGGGCUUGAUUAUCGGCUCUUUAUUAGGUGAACAGUUAGGCGGGUUCAUGUCAGAUAUGUGGAUGAAUACCCGUGCGCGGAAGAUUGGCCGUAAGCCUGCGCCAGAGUUCCGACUUUGGCUGAGCUAUAUUGGUUUCCUGCUGAGCAUCGCUGGGAUGGUCGUUUUCUUGGUAUGCACUGAGCAAGCUACCGCUGGGAAAUUGGAUGUUAGACCAGUGGUUGGGACUGGCGUUGCUGCCUUCGGUAAUCAGGUCGUCACCACCGUGCUCACGACUUAUGCGGUGGAUAUUUAUCCCCAGGAUGCGGGUAGUGUUGGGGUGUUUAUCAACUUUAUACGCUCGACAUGGGGAUUCAUUGGGCCUUUCUGGUUCACGUCUAUGUUCGACAGCGUCGGGAUUGCUAGGAGCUCUGGUAUCGUCACUGCUUUGAUUAUGGGUGCUAGCUUCAUCCCCACAAUGCUGUUGCAUUUUCGGGGCAAGAGAUGGCACAGAAGUAGCACCAAUUCAUUGAGUUCGGGUUGA